UUGUGGACGGCACAGAUGGGUGACUUGAGUGCUGUCAAAAAAAGCGGCGUCUCACCCCUUCUGUCUCUCUGUUUCUGGGCCCUGGGGUCCUCUCUGGAACGUUCCGCCACCGCAUUUUUUCCUCGCGUUGGACUCUUGCGCUGGCGGAAAUUGCGUGGCAGAGACGAGGCGGGCGGAGCCGUCACGGACUCACGGCACCGGAUUGCUUCCCCACCCUGCCUGGCGCCCUGGCCUGGCAAUAUAAACAGGCACCCCUCCUCCACCCCGUUCCCCAUCUCGUCUCGUGUUGUUCGGAGAGCACAACCCAAAUCCAAAUCCUCCCCAUCUCGAGAGCCUCCUCGAUCCCUCGCCCGCUUCAAGAUGCAGAUCUUCGUUAAGACCCUCACUGGCAAGACGAUCACCCUUGAGGUGGAGUCUUCCGACACCAUCGACAACGUCAAGGCCAAGAUCCAAGACAAGGAGGGCAUCCCCCCGGACCAGCAGAGGCUCAUCUUUGCCGGCAAGCAGCUCGAGGACGGUCGCACGCUUGCUGAUUACAAUAUCCAGAAGGAGAGCACCCUCCACCUGGUGCUCCGUCUCAGGGGAGGCAUGCAGAUCUUCGUGAAGACCCUCACUGGCAAGACCAUCACCCUUGAGGUGGAAUCUUCCGACACCAUCGACAACGUGAAGGCCAAGAUCCAGGACAAGGAGGGCAUCCCCCCGGACCAGCAGAGGCUCAUCUUUGCUGGCAAGCAGCUUGAGGACGGACGCACCCUGGCUGACUAUAACAUCCAGAAGGAGAGCACCCUCCACCUGGUGCUCCGUCUCAGGGGAGGCAUGCAGAUCUUCGUGAAGACCCUCACUGGCAAGACCAUCACCCUUGAGGUGGAGUCUUCUGACACCAUCGACAACGUCAAGGCCAAGAUCCAGGACAAGGAGGGCAUCCCCCCGGACCAGCAGCGUCUGAUCUUUGCCGGCAAGCAGCUCGAGGAUGGGCGCACACUUGCUGAUUACAAUAUCCAGAAGGAGAGCACCCUCCACCUGGUGCUUCGUCUCAGGGGAGGCAUGCAGAUCUUCGUGAAGACCCUCACUGGCAAGACCAUCACCCUUGAGGUGGAGUCUUCCGACACCAUCGACAACGUCAAGGCCAAGAUCCAGGACAAGGAGGGCAUCCCCCCGGACCAGCAGCGUCUUAUCUUUGCUGGCAAGCAGCUGGAGGAUGGCCGCACCCUUGCGGAUUACAAUAUCCAGAAGGAGAGCACCCUCCAUCUGGUGCUCCGUCUGAGGGGUGGGAUGCAGAUAUUCGUGAAGACAUUGACCGGCAAGACCAUCACUUUGGAGGUUGAGAGCUCCGACACCAUUGACAAUGUGAAGGCCAAGAUCCAGGACAAGGAGGGCAUUCCCCCGGACCAGCAGCGUCUAAUCUUUGCUGGCAAGCAGCUGGAGGAUGGCCGCACCCUUGCGGAUUAUAACAUCCAGAAGGAGUCCACCCUCCACCUGGUACUCCGCCUCCGCGGUGGUCAGUAAAGCCAUCUGUCAUUGAAGCUGCUGCUGUACUUGUCCGGUCUCUGCCAUGAAGGGUGUCAUCUUUGAAGUUAUCGUGUGGCUUGUGUUGAAACUGUGUUUGGUUUUCAUGAACUGGUUGUCCCCCUGUGUGUUCACCUGAAACAGUUGUUGCGGCGCAACAGUAUGGUUUAAGCAUGAAUAAAUGUGACUUGAAUCUGUGCUC